UGAGUGAGGUGUGAUAAAAAUGUCGUUAGACGUUAAUAUAAGCGAACCGGAUGAAUUUAAUUGCGUCGAAUUACAUAAUUGUAUACAAAGUGUCGCUGCUAUUAAAGAAAUAAGAGAUUAUACUUACCAUGUCGACAUAGUUUCGGGUAAAGGUGCCAACUAUGUUGCAAAUGUCUUUAGAAUAUCUAUCGUAGAGUCAGGGACUGAUAAAAAACUUAGUGUUAUAGUGAAAACCUUAGUUAAUACCUUAAGACAAGACGUAUUCAGAGAGUUACAUAAGAGAGAAGUGCUUGCUUACAUGGAAGUUAUAGACAAGUUUGUUGAUUUACAGACUGUGAUUUCAAUCGAUAAAAGAAUUAUUUUACCUAAAUUUAUAUUUUCAAGCGUAGAGAUGAACAAUGAAGUGAUCGUAUUAGAAGAUAUGUUGUUAAGUGGUUUUAUAGCUGACAGCAAAGUAGCCCAGUUUGAAAAACUAGAUUAUCCACAAGUUCGCCUAAUUUUAACAGAGCUAGCCAAAUUUCAUGGUUUAUCUUUUGUGUUUGAAUACAAAAGACAAAAUUUUAAAAGUAUACAAAGUGAUUUUGAAGAUAUUAUUUUCAAUGAACAAUUUCUUGAUAACUCAAAAUUAAGAAAUUAUUUUGUAGAGUCAUUUCAAACAUCAUUGAAUCUCAUAGAUAAAACUAACAUUAAGGAAAAUUUAGAGCAAAACAAAGAUAAUAUUUUAGACUUAUUGAGAAGAUACACUAAGCCAAGAAAAUAUAACGUUUUUUGUCAUGGAGAUUACUGGAUUAACAACAUUCUUUUUAAAGAAGGUGAAGAACAAAAAAUUUGUUUUUUGGAUUUUCAAGCAAUGCGGUUUGCCAGUCCAGUAACGGAUAUACUCUAUUUUCUAUACAUUUGUACGGAUUCCAAAUUCAGAGCUAAUUAUUUCACAGACCUCAUAAAUGAUUAUCAUGACAGUUUGAAAUCAUUUUUGGACCUUUUCCAAAUAGACGCCGAUGAAGUUUUUCCAAAAAAUGAAUUUGAAAAUGAUCUGGAAGAAAUGCUUCCGUUUGGUCUUCUUGUAGCUUUGAUAGAAUUAAAAUUAGUGACCACAACACCCGAUGACGUCGAAAUAACAGAAAAUAUGGAUACACCGGGACUAGGAGAUAUUAUUUAUAUGCCAGGGGGAGAAGAGUUAUAUAAACUACGUGUGAAUGACGUCAUUGAUGAAUCAGAUGCUAAUGGAGUUUUAAAUCAAUUAUUAAAUGAUCUUAAUGUCAAAAAACCCCAACUCAGUAUUACCUCAUAAUAUUAUAUAAUCAUUACAAUCAAUGAAUCACUGAGAUGCAGUAAUCUGAGCCUUGAUAGGUAUCUUAUUUGACGGUGCAGCGUGAUGUUUUGAAAAUAUAUUGUGCAAUUUUCAAUUUUAACAAUAGGGAAGUUGCUUGUUAUAAUACAAAACCAUGUUUAUUUG